AUGGCAGAAAGCAACCUCCCAAGAACGGGAGAAGAACUGGAGCUGAAAAAUGACUUUCCAGCUACAGGUAAGAAAAAGCAACAGGGAGAGACUUCUUUAUUGUAAUUUUUUACUGUUUGUUAAUUAAGUAUAUCUUAACUCUGGUGCACAAUUUUUUGGAUCACUUCGACUUGAAGGUUUUUAGGGAAUCCACUAGAUACGCCAGUAUUAGAACGCUAGUUGUAAUUGCACAUAGUUGUAAUCACUAACAAAGUUGAAUAUCUUCUCGGUAAUUUCAGCAACAGAGGAAAGUCAAGUUACGUCAAGUGACUCUGAACUGGAUGCAUACAAUGACCCUUUAAGAGGUAAGAAAACCAGGUGAAGUAAGAUUUUUUGAAAGACGCCUCAGUGAAGUUUUUUUUUUCACAUUUACAUCAACAUUUGCUUAUGUUCUGUGAAUAAGUUUUUGAGACAGCAAAAUAUUUUUUUCUUCAAAUUCAAACUCUGUUACCAGUAAAAUGACGGAGUAAAAUGUAUAAACAUCAUUAAUUAUUCAUAAGCAAUGAAGCGCCAAAUUUGAACGCGACUUAGCUUUGAAGAGCGCUAAGUUAAAGAAUGGGCCAAAAUUGGCCUACUAGGCUUCGUAAGACUCAUUUUUCUCAGUUUUAGAAGUGCUUACUUGUAAAUCAACGCAUAAUGUUUGGAGAUGAACAAUGUAUCUGCCAUUUGCACCUAAAGUGAACGAUAUUUGCGCAUUAAAAGUAUUAUACUUGUAAAUUUGGUCAUUUUUAAUAUGAAAGUCAUUUGUGGCAAGAGAGAGCUGUUGGUACCCGUACACCCGUCAAAGAUAAUAAAAAUUUACAAACGGGUAACUUUUUGAGGCCGCCAAAAGAAAAGUAUUUACGCUAACAACUUUUUGUCCCUUACUGAUCAGUACAUGCUUGGUAGAAAUUUUACGCAAUUUCAGAAUUCUACAGAGAAGAGGAGGCAUUUUGUCUCGGCCGUAACGCCUGGUUUGGUCUCCUAAAUAUUCCAUGCCUUCUCGUAAAGUUAUGACAACAUCAGGAAUAAAACUUUUAUUAUUAUUAUUAUUAUUAUUAUUAUUAUUAUUAUCAUUAUUAUUAUUAUUAUUCAUAGCUUAAAGCUCCUUUAACCUUUAAGUUCGUUUGGAACUAUAAAGUUGGCAUCAUCCGUCAAGGGUGGUAUAAGUCAUUACUAAAUCAUUAACACUAACAUGGUGUGUUUUUAGGGAUAGCGAGAGUAUGUCUCGAGGAAGGUAACAAAGAAUACAGACAAGGAGAAGCUAAUAACGCGAUAAACUCCUACACGGAAGGACUUCAAGUGAACUGCAAAGAUAAACGGCUGAACGCCAAGCUCUACAGCAACAGGGCAACAGCUCAUUUCCGUUUGGGUAACAAUUUCAUAUGUAAACAUAUAAAUCUGUCAUACAGCGUUACAAGAUAACAUCAACAAAAGAAAAAAAUUGAGAAACUGCAGAAAGGUAGCGUAAAAACAUAAAUCGCCCUGUAGCGGAUGAAAAUUAAGCAAAGAAAUGAUUCUCGUUACAUUUCAAGCAAUUGUAAUUUUUGAAGGCUUCUUUGUUGCAAUUCCAUGUGAUGACCACUUUUUUAAACCUUAAUUUCCUGAAUCUCACAGGAAACUACGUGGAAUGUCUCGAUGAUGCAACAGUUGCCGUCCAAUUGGAACCCACUUUAAUCAAAGCUAUUAAGAAAGGUGAGUUUUUCAGACGUAAGUCAUCAACAUUCUAUUCUCGUCAAAAGAGGAUUGUGUGGUCUGUGGCAGGUAAGGGCACCUGUUGUAUCUGGUGUGUCAAUGUCUGUCUGGGUAAAAAGUAUAAGAAAAUGUCAAUAAGCUCUCAAAUACCGCUGCCUGGUUAGUUCACGUUGUAGAGCGUCGGAGGUCGGGGGCUCAAGCCCUAGACCGGACCAUCACCCUAAGUCUUAAAAGAUCUGAGGACAGUGUGCUACCGUCUAAGCUGUGACUUCAGCAAAUGGUUUGAUAUUCUUGUCCCGGAUAAGAGGGGAAAACCGUGAGCCCCGUUUCUUGCAUCUUCUCCGUAACUCAAGGAGGCACCUGGAAAAUUCCCUUUCAAAAGUUGUAAACUGCUCAAUGCAGUCUGCCCGAAAAGUUCCCCGAAAAGUGCUGAAAAGCGCAUUCAAGCACAUUGAAAAAAAGAAUUCGCGAUAUAAAUUCAUCGUUAUCAUGAUCAAUUGAAGCUUAAUUGGUAGCCGCUUUGCAUUAGCUCCUUAUUGUUUAUUUUCAGUUCUUCCACAACUUCAAAUUUCUUUCAUUAUAACAAUUUUUGUUCCUAGCUAAAAUGGGAAAUUAAGUCCAUUUUAUCAAUACGUUUAUACUUCAAAAGUGAUGAGUUACUUCGUACCACCAAUUAUUCUCUCCUUUUCAGGAGCCAGAGCUUGUGUCGAACUUUGCUGGUAUAAAGAAGCAAGGAGCUGGUUGCAUAUGGGAUUGGCCGUAUCCUUUAACGAAUGUUUCAAACGUGAUACGAGAUGCAAUGCGAGUAAUAUUUCAAGGGAAUCAAUACGUUCCGGAGAGAUUCUUCAACACAUAAUGCAAGCAAUGUUCUCUUAUACUGCACUGAGCAGUUUAAAGAAGCUAAAAUAUUCGUUAAGAAUUCUUUCGACUAUUCCACGAAACUUAACUCAAAAGAAGAGGCCAUAUUAACUAAUUCCCAGAGUUUCUGCUGAAUGCCCCUCAUUUUUGUCUCCAGACGAACAUUACCAUGACGACCGAACCUAAACCAAUAAAUGCGCUUCAGAGCUAGUUAAAACCCUCCAAUAACUUGAAAUCAAAUCUCUAAAAGAAACCCACGUUCGAAUUAUCAUUCCAGUUUUAAGGUUCUAUCUAAUAAUCUCACUUUUCUUUUAAAAUACACAUUUCCACUGCAUUUCCGCAAAUCUGUUCAUGAUUUAUCGACCCUUGACACGUUUUAAGAUUGAAAAUGACGAGAAACGUCUGCUUCAAUUACUAAGGAAAACUAAUGCUGAACUAAUAGUCAUAGCAAACAGUUCUUCCAAUCUCAGCAACGCUUAUCAAGGCCUAGGAAAGUUAAAAACAGCUAUCAAGUACCAUCAGCAUCAACUAGAAAUUGCUAAAGUAGUGGGAGAUAAGACCGAAGAGGGAAGAAACUAUUGCAAUCUCGGCAACGCUUAUCAAAGCCUAGGACAGUUCAAAACAGCCAUCCAGUACCAUCAACGUCAUCUAGAAAUUGCUAAAGAAGUAGGAGACAAGGCCGGAGAGGGAAAAAGUUAUGGCAAUCUCGGCAACACUUAUCACAGUCUUGGAAAGUUCAAAACAGCCAUCCAGUACCAUCAACGUGAUCUAGAAAUUGCUAAAGAAGUGGGAAACAAGGCCGGAGAGGGAAUCAGUUAUGGCAGUCUCGGCAGCGCUUAUCAAGGUCUAGGACAGUUUAA